AUAAAUGUUUUUGAAAAGCAUGGGGGUCUAAGUAAGAAACGAGAGUUGCAUCUGAAGAAGUGAGAGGGCCAGAGGGGGAGGGAGAGGAAGAGAGACACAGGGCGAGCCAGCCAGGGUUUCAAAAAUUCAAGGAAUCUACAAGCUCAAGUACUAUUGUCUCUGCUCUCUCCUUUCGCUUCCUGCAACUUGGGCUUCUGAUCUACAGAAGACGGAAAUAGUGACUGGCGAUCAAUUGACUCCUGAAGUGAGCUGAUAGGGAUUGAAGAAGAGGUACGAUAAAUUCUGGUAAAAUGGAUUUGGACCAAUGGAUAGCGAAGGUGAAAGAGGGUCAGCACUUAGCCGAGGACGAGCUUCAGCUUCUAUGCGAAUAUGUGAAAGAGAUCCUAAUUGAGGAGUCAAAUGUGCAGCCUGUUAAUAGUCCAGUUACAGUUUGUGGGGACAUACAUGGCCAGUUUCAUGAUUUAAUGAAACUUUUCCAGACAGGAGGUCAUGUACCAGAAACGAAUUAUAUUUUCAUGGGUGAUUUUGUUGAUCGUGGAUAUAAUAGUCUAGAAGUUUUCACGAUUCUUUUGCUCCUUAAGGCAAGGUAUCCAGCUAAUAUUACUCUUUUACGUGGAAAUCAUGAAAGCAGGCAACUAACACAGGUGUAUGGUUUCUAUGAUGAAUGCCAAAGGAAGUAUGGAAAUGCCAACGCUUGGCGGUACUGCACAGAUGUUUUUGACUAUCUAACUCUAUCAGCAAUUAUAGAUGGAACGGUCCUAUGUGUUCAUGGUGGCCUUUCUCCGGAUGUCAGAACUGUUGAUCAGAUCAGGGUCAUCGAGCGCAAUUGUGAAAUACCCCAUGAAGGGCCCUUCUGUGACCUCAUGUGGAGUGACCCUGAAGAUAUUGAAACAUGGGCUGUCAGUCCUCGAGGAGCAGGGUGGCUGUUUGGUUCAAGGGUUACAUCCGAGUUUAAUCACAUCAACAAACUGGAUCUCGUUUGUCGGGCCCACCAGCUUGUCCAGGAAGGCCUUAAGUACAUGUUUCAAGAUAAAGGACUUGUGACUGUCUGGUCUGCACCUAACUAUUGCUAUCGGUGUGGGAAUGUAGCUUCCAUAUUGAGCUUCAAUGAGAAUAUGGAGAGAGAGGUGAAGUUCUUUACUGAAACUGAAGAAAACAACCAGAUGAGAGGACCCAGAACAGGAGUUCCUUAUUUCUUAUGAUCGAGUUGACAGACAUGCUUGCCUAUUGUUAUUGACUGCAAUACAAUCUCCGAACUUGAUGCUUCCCCUCAUGGGUGGGAAAAUUGUUUGCUCGGAAUACGUGGCUUGCUUGCUGUUCUAACAAGAUACCCACCCACCCUAGCUAGCUCAUUGUUUGUGCUCAACAACCUGCUACUCUUAUUGAUUUUUGAAUAGUUUGUGCUGUGUAUCUAAGAUGAGAUGUUUCAUAAUUAUUUUAUACUGUGUUCUAUUUUUAUACUCAACGGACCGGUUGAUUCGGAUGAUUUGGAUUAAACGCUCUUAAAAGAAUUAUUUGGCCGCCAUUUUCUGACACUUGAAUUUUGUUGUU